AUGGGCCAAAAGCUUGCCCAAAAAUUGAAUUUGAGAUUGUAUAAAUGGAUCAAUAUCAGUCUAGGAUAUGGUUUGGAUAAGGUGUCUUCAAUUAUUGAGCUGUCACUAAUUUGGAUUUCAUUGAACCAUGGUGGAAUUCUAUCAUAG